AUGGCAACGUUGGGCGAAAAGUUCCAUGGUCUCCUGCAGCAUCCACUGGAGCCGUUGUUUAAGUCAAAAAACAACGGAACUCUCCACUACCGGCUGCCGGAAAGCUUCUGUACCUCUCGCUACCGUCCGAUUGGGCAAAAUCUGACCGAUCGCUUUGGACCGGGCUCUACCGCGUCGUCUCAAGUCAGCAGCGACACGGGCGUACAACCCACGGUGAUCACCAUUCGGGAUCUUCAGCAAGUGCCCGACCUAUCGUUUGCUUCGUGGAUCAAGCGCCGGGACUCAUUUUCGCUGAUCAAUCAAGAGCACCGGCGAGCUGCGGGCAAGCUGAUCGAACUGUUCAUGAAUCAACCGGAUGCUGACACGCUUCUGGAUGUAGCGGCGUACACGCGUGAUCGUCUGAACAGCUCACUGUUCCAGUAUGCGCUCUCGGUGGCUCUGUUGCACCGUAAGGACACGAAGAAUGUUCCGGUUCCGUCGAUUCUUCACGUCAUCCCGGACCAGUUUAUCGACUCCGGUGUCAGGCCCAGAUUGAUGGAGGAAAGAUCAAUUGUUUUGGAUGAGAACAGGCUGGCUAUUGGUAUACCGCAAAACUAUACCGCUACGGAUGAAGAACCCGAACAACGGAUGGCGUACUUCCGCGAGGAUAUCGGUGUGAACCUGCACCAUUGGCAUUGGCAUCUGGCCUAUCCCGGGUCUGGACCUCAGAAUGUCGUCCAGAAAGAUCGUCGUGGGGAGCUGUUCUACUACAUGCACCAGCAGUUGAUCGCCCGGUACCAAGUAGAUCGGUACGCGCAAGGACUGGGAACUCUGGAACCACUCUCGAAUCUUCGCCAACCGUUGAGGGAAGCGUACUAUCCGAAGCUGCUGCGUAGCUCCAACAAUCGCACCUACUCUGCCCGCUAUCCUUACAUGACACUCAGCGAUGUGUUUCGCAGCGACGAUCGUCUGAACGUCACCAUAACCAACACCGAAAUGUUCAUGAGUCGUGUUGUCGAUGCAAUCAACGCUGGAUUCGCCGUCGCUAGUGAUGGUGCACGUGUGCCGUUGGAUAAUAAUCGCGGUAUUGAUGUGCUGGGUAACAUCCUCGAACGAUCAGCACUGUCGAUCAACCGCAGUUUCUAUGGAGACGUGCACAACUCCGGUCAUGUGCUGGUUGCCUACAUUCACGAUCCACGUGGCACGUACUUGGAAGCGUUCGGAGUCAUGGGUGGUUUGGCAACGACCAUGCGUGACCCCAUGUUCUACCGGUGGCAUAAGCACAUCGACAACCUGUUCGCGAUGCACAAGGCCCGGUUGCCUCCGUACACUAUGGCCGAGCUUGCUAACGGAAAUGUAACGCUGGAUGGAUUUGAAACGCGACUAGAUCGAACGGAUGCAGCCGUGAACAGCCUGGUGACAUACCUGGAGCGCUCGCAGGUUGAUCUGGGUGCAGGACUGGACUUUGGUCCUACGGGAACUGCCUUCGUGAGCUUCGUGCAUCUGCAGCACGUUCCAUUCUCCUACCGGUUACGGAUUAACUCGACCGCUCCGGGUGUUCGAAGGGACACGAUCCGGAUCUUCUUAAUACCACGCCAAAAUGAGUUGGGACGUGCGCUAACGUUCGAUGAGCGUCGCACGUUGGCUAUCGAGUUGGAUAGCUUCCAAACAUCCUUGCGCCCCGGAAUGAACAGCAUCGUGCGACGAUCGACCAGCUCGAAUGUGACGAUCCCGUAUGAGCGAACCUUUGGGAACGUAUCGCAGGCGAAUGAGGGUAGCACGCAAUCGCGAUUCUGUGGUUGCGGUUGGCCCGCUCAUAUGCUGCUACCGAAGGGUAACGCCAGUGGCAUCGAGUACGAUCUGUUGGCUAUGGUUUCCCGGUUCGAAGAUGAUAACGCCAACAUAAACUUUGACGAGAGUACUGGAUGUGACGAUUCUUACUCGUUCUGUGGGUUGAGAGACCGUGUCUAUCCCAGCAAGCGUCCGAUGGGAUUCCCGUUCGAUAGAAAAGCCUCGAGCAGCGUCACGUCCAUUGGAGCCUUUGUGGCACCAUAUAGGAAUAUGCGUCUUGCCACGGUUUCUAUAAGAUUUAUGAACUCGAUAAUUGAUCGUCCACAAAAGAUGGCCGACAACAGGAAGCUACUCGCUCUGCUGCAGCGCCCGGCCGAGCCGACGUUCUACCCAAAGGACAAUGGUAAAACCGUGGUCGAUCUGCCAGAGAACUUCCUGACCGAGCGUUACCGACCGAUUGGAGCAUCGCUGCAGAGUCGUUUCGGAAAUGACGCUGAUACGCGCAUUCCCGUCAGGAGCGUGGCAACACCGGCCAUCUCUUUUGCUGAAGCCGUACCACGGCGUGGAGGAUUCUCGCUGUUCAACCCGAAACACCGACAGAUCGCGGGUGAUCUCAUCAACCUGUUCAUGAGCCAGCCGGACGUGGACACGCUGAUGAGUGUAGCGGCCUAUUCGCGUGAUCGUCUCAACCCGGUUCUGUUCCAGUACUCGCUGUCCGUCGCCAUUCAACACCGUCCGGAUACGAAGGAUCUGAACAUUCCGUCGUUCCUGGAGCUGUUCCCGGACUCGUUCGUCGAUCCUUCCGUGUUUCCGCAGUUGCGUGAGGAAGGUGCCGUCGUACAGGCGGAGAACCGAAUGACCAUCGACAUUCCGAUGAACUACACUGCGUCUGAUCGGGAGGAAGAACAACGGAUGGCGUACUUCCGUGAAGACAUCGGCGUGAACCUUCACCACUGGCAUUGGCAUCUGGUGUACCCGGGAGAGGGUCCUAACAACGUCGUCAACAAGGAUCGUCGUGGUGAGCUGUUCUACUACAUGCACCAGCAGCUGAUCGCUCGCUACAACGUGGAACGCUUCUGUAACCGCUUGGCUAGAGUAAAUCCGCUCACGAACUUGCGUGUGCCUCUUACGGAAGGAUACUUCCCGAAGAUCAUUCGAAGCUUGAACAACCGUGCCUUCCCACCACGUCCGCAGAACACCGUCUUGAGGGACAUCAACCGUGUGGAUGAUGGCGUUAACUUCACUAUCAGUGAUCUGGAGCGCUUCGAGGCCCGCAUCUCAGAGAGCAUUGAUGGAGGAUACGUGGUUGCACCCGGAGGAAACCGCAUCCCUCUGGAUGAGCGUACUGGUAUCGAUGUGCUGGGUAACAUCAUGGAACCGUCGGCUCUCUCCGUGAACAGCCAGUACUAUGGUAACUACCACGGAAACUUGCACAACAUCAUCGCGUACAGCCACGAUCCGGAGAACCGCUUCCUCGAGGGAUACGGUGUGGUUGGCGAGUUCCAGACGGCUAUGCGUGAUCCAACGUUCUAUCGUCUGCACGCGCAGGUUGACAACAUGUUCCAUCGUUACAAGCGCACUCUGCAGCCGUACAAUGCCAACCAGCUGAACUACAAUGGCGUCCAGAUCCAGUCGCUGGCAGUGCAGUUGAAUCGAGCCAACGCGCCGGCCAACGUUCUGCUGACGUACUGGCAACGAUCGCAGGUUGAUCUGGCUACGGGUCUUGACUUCGGACCGGAAGGAAAUGUGUUCGCGUCCUUCACACAUCUCCAGCACGCACCGUUCACUUUCCGAUUGACGGUGAACAACACGAGUGGAGCUGCACGACGUGGAACAUGCCGUAUUUUCAUCGCACCCAAGACGGACGAGCGCAAUGUGCCACUAACUAUGGACGAGCUUCGUCUGCUGAUGGUCGAGCUGGACAAGUUCACCGUGAACUUGAAUCCUGGCGCGAACAACAUCGUGCGUCGAUCGGAGCAAUCGAGUGUUACCAUUCCGUACGAGAGGACCUUCCGUCAAGUUGCGUUGUCAAACAUCAACGAUCCAAGCACGGAGCAGUUCCGUUUCUGCAACUGCGGCUGGCCACAUCAUCUGCUGAUCCCGAAGGGUUCUCCCGAGGGAAUGCAGUUCGAUCUGUUCGCCAUGAUCUCGAACUACGCCGACGAUACCGUCAACCAGGAGUUCGACGAGAACGUUAACUGCAACGAUUCGCAUUCGUUCUGCGGACUGCGCGAUCAGCUGUAUCCGGAUCGUCGCCCGAUGGGAUAUCCGUUCGAUCGUCCAAUUAUCCCGGCCUACUUCAAGGAAGCGGAUACGAACUCCACGCCACAGGACGCCCGUAACCAAUGGCAACGACGUGGUAGCGUGUCGCCAAGCCCAAAUUCGGUGGGAUGA